AUGCCAGGUCAGGAGGAGAUCGAGUUUCGGACGUUAGAUGGCCUUACAUUGCGGGGAGCCUUAUUUGUGGCAGACUCGAAUAGUCCUGCGGUCAUCUUGACACCAGGAGUGAGCCCCUCUCGAAACAUUCUCUAUCAAAAACUAACAAACAUAACAGUUCAAUGUGACAAGAGAUGUUCUUUUACCUAGAAUAGCACAGUACUUUCAAGCGAACGGAAUUUCGGCCCUUAUUUACGAUCCUCGCACAAUAGGCUCCAGUGAUGGCAUGCCCAGAAACGACAUCAAUCCUGCGCAACAAGUAGCCGACUAUCAUGACGCCUUGACUUUUCUGAAAUCAGACGAACGUAUCGACCCCGACCGCAUCGUGUAUUGGGGCUUUUCGUUUAGUGGCGCGGUAGCCGUAUCUGCCGCAGCCCUAGAUAAGCGGGCGAAAGCGGUUGUGGCUGUCUCUCCGCUGACAAACUGGGAUCUUGACGGCGGUAAAAUGAACGGCGUUAUGGCCAAGGCCAUUCAGGAUCGCGAGUCGCGAAUAAGUGGCAACGCUGCAUUCUCCAUCCCGAUGAUUACGGACCAGGGUAUAAACCCAGCGGGAUUCUCGUCAGGAAUGGGGGCCAGCGAGCUGAGCCUGGUAGCGGAGGCCAAGAAGAUCCCGGGCUUUCGACUGGAUACGACCAUUCAGACCUACUACAAUAUCAUAUCUUGGAAUCCGUUCAAGCUGCUGAAGUUUCUCACGCCAACCCCCGUCCUUCUAGUGUCUCCCGAAGAAGACCGAAUAUCGCCUCUGACCGAUCAAAAGCUGGUCUACAAUCAGAUACAGGGGCCGAAGCAGAUGCAUGUUGUAGCGGGCAAGGGACAUAUGGAUGUCUUGGAUGGUGAAAGUUUUGAGUCUACCAUGGCCGUGCAAGUCGCCUUCGUUCGUCACCAUGUCUAG